AUGCAGAGCGAGAUGUUUAUUCUUCUCAAAAUCGGUGUUGCUGUGUACGAAGCUCUAGAUUUUAAUCUUUCGCAAGAAGAAGAGUGCAUCUUGUCACAAGACCUUCAUGAUUUAAUCAACAUGAUGACUUUUGAAGUUCUUGUUCCCACGUAUUAUUUGAAACCAAGCCACCACCUUUUGAGCAAGAAAAAACCUUUUUAUACACAAAAGGUGUUAAUUGAAUUAUUUUUCUCCAAUCUCAAAGCGGAAGCCGAAAUCGACGACGAGGGGAUUGAGCGAGACUCGGAAGAGAUCGACGACGAGAAGUUUUUAGACACCAAAGAACUGGAUCAUAUACUUGAGAUUUGUUACACGAACGUUUUAAGUGGCGUUUUGUACGCUAAAAUGUUGUUUUCAGAAACUUUUCAACUUACUUUAUGA